GGCUGCAGACCGCUGACACCCUGUAUAGUAAUGGUCCUAUCAUUUCGUGCAGUACAAGAACCCCACUUCGCACUGAAGUGGGGGACUUAGUGGGACUUUAUUAUGUAUCACUACUGGUGAGUAGUAUCUAGAUACAAAAUCCGGUUGUCAUACCGCGUUCUUCGGUUCAACAUCGUCGUUCCUCGCGUUAGCACCAACAUGCAGGCAAAUGUUGAGGGGAUGACAGCCAACUCAGAAGUCAAUGUCUUCCCGAUCUCUGAUAUCAUCAGUGCACUGCACAACAUUUUGGCACAUGCUCAAGUGGUCAUUCCAGACCUUAAAACCACGUACUCCGGAUCCCCCAAUACUGACCACUCUGCCAUCGAGCGCGACAAGAGCAUCAGUGCUGUCAUCGCCGAACGCCAGGAGCAGUUGGAGGUAGUUUUGCAGGAGGUCUCAGGCCUGGAAAGCGUCAUGGAUAGAGUGAGAGAUCUUCACCAGCAGCUCCUUAAAAAGAAGGAUCACGUUAUCCAGUCCAUGAACUUGCACAGGGGACUUAUAUCGAGUCUCUGUCGCCUUCCAUCCGAACUCUUAUCCCAUAUUUUUGUUCACUGUCUCCCGGAAACCGAACUCUUGUUGCCCUCGUCAAAGUCGGCUCCCCUGCUGCUGACUAAAAUAUGCCGAAGAUGGAGGGAGGUUGCUGUAGGCAUGCCCAGUUUGUGGUGCGGACUGAUUGUGGACGUCGAUAACGAAGACCGGCAGCGGGCAGCCUUCUGCUAUGACGCAUGGCUCAAGCGAUCGCGAGAUCGUCCACUCUCAUUAGCACUCAAGUGCUUCCAAAAUGACGCGACCAACCUACGAAGCCUUCUUCAUCCUUACAUGAAGCAAAUCUCAUCCCUUCAUAUCAUAAUAUUCGUCAACUCCUUCACACCCGAUCUUCUGUUAAAUGACCUCCCAGCACUCCAGGACCUUACCAUAACCACAUCUAAUCCCUUGUGGUGCACACCAGGAUUCGCACAAUCCAUCUCGCGACUACCAUCCACCUUGCGCAGGUUCAAGGUAGCUGGACCGUCCGCAUUCGACUUCGACCGCAUAUCUUCUUGCAAUCCCAUAUGGGCCCACUUGACACAUGUCGAGAUCGCUAUAUGCCAACCCAAUCUAAUCCUCCAGUUGCUCCAGCUGGGUCCCAACCUCUGCUCGUUAGAGAUUGGCCUUCAAUCUUUGUGCAUCAGUAACGCAACCCCGUUGCGCAUGGGCAACCUGUUCCCUGACCUAUUCAACGCACUUACACUCCCCAAUUUACGUGUGCUUGAAGCUCGCUAUAUACGACCGUGGCCUCACGAGGAGUUGAAAGCAUUUUUGGCACGGUCAAGUUGUCCUCUGGAGAGCCUGGUUUUCGGCACUGGAGUCACGACGACAGAUGAGCAGCGAGGGGAAUACAGUAUCCUCGUCCCUUUCCUUGAUGUAGUAGUGGAUCACAUGCGUGGUGAUUACUUUGGAUAUCGCCGCUUGGCACAACAUUUUGGCAUUGGCAGAAGGAGAUACGGAUGAGAGGUGUUUGCCACCAUUUGGGUAGAUUAGUCAGCAGCAUAGAGUCUUCGGGCAUUAUCCGGCUUUAGAUAGAGGG